AUGAGAUGGAUUCCUCGCAGACUGAAGAACGGAGAAGGCUCGACAGAAGAUGAUGACGGAGGCGAUAUAGGAAGAGGAAGAUCGGACAGAGUGAAGACGACGGUGGCGGACGCCAGCGGUCACAUGCGGCGGGACUGUCGUGUGGUAGAGGACCUCGCUGGGCUGUGCAAAUUUUUUAUUCCCGGUCAAUCCUCGGCCCUCCGACGGCUGCUGUCGUGCGAUCGAGUGCGGGUUGAGGAGGAGAUGGAGGAGCUGGUAGGCGUGGUGGUGGACGCGAACAGGCUGAGGAGGAGCGUCUUGGCUGACGUCAUGAGCGCCACCACCGUGUACAAGGCGACGUUGUUCUUAGAGGCGGCGGCGGAGUUCUUGGUAGGGUUUUGUGAUGCGAAAUUGGUGAAAGAGUUUGAGGAGUGCGAGAAAGCUGUCAAUUGA